UGGGUGUGGAAGUUGCCAUUUUCUCCCCGAUACAGCAACAAUGUUCUACUGGCCUGUUACAACUGCCAGUGGUGAUGUAUGCGCUCAAAACGGGACCACAAUCCCAGCUACACCUACGGGUGACGGUCCAAAUACAGCAAUGUUAGGUAGUCAAACUCUUGUCUCACCCAGGGCUUAUAUUUUCUUCACAUUUAUUUACGCCUGGAGCAACGGCCGCCACGGCGGCCAAUGCGGUGAAUACCACCAGAAUAAAAUGGUUUCGGUGCACCCCACAGCCAUCACCUCGCGAAGGGGACACAGAAACGCGCGUUACCCUAUCCGUGGAACAGUAUAUCCAUUUAACUUUGCAGAAUUUCUUCCCCAGACAGUAGGAAACUAUACGCAACCCUUGAUCCCCUGGCCGCAGUAUUUUGGUGGGUCACAGUGUCGCGUGUAUGAUCCUGCUUGUACAAUGAUUCGGAAUGAUUAUUUGCCUUUUAUUGAUAUGCCCGACGAGGUGACGCAGAUUGAUCCCAAGUGGGAGGACUGUGAUCAUAGUUGGUAUAUUCCCGCUGUUACUUUGGUGCCGAUAUUGGAUGGGACGGUGAGUGUGUCCACCCCGACGCCUACUGGCGAUGGAGACGGAGGGGGAAUACCGGAGACAAAAGAGGCGGUGCCGCUAGGUUUUAUGGGUAUGUCCACGCCGACGCCGACGGAAAGCUUAGGAUGGUGAGCGGUUUUGCACCUCAAUAUGGAGGGGGGUGAUCCUGGCCGCGCUUUAGUACAUGGGUGCACAUCGCAGGCUAUCGGCUUCAAUCGCCUCAAUGGUCAGUCUCUCAGCAUAGCGUAUAAACAUAGGAUAGAGUGGAAGACAUAUGUAUGUUGGGUUCAA